ACUCACACCACCACCACCACUCCACACCACACACACCAUGGCCAAGUCCUACAACAUCGUCGUGCUGCCCGGCGACGGCAUCGGCCCCGAGGUGACGGGCGAGGCCGUGCGCGUGCUGCAGCUCGCCGCCGACAAGUGCGGCUUCGAGCUGAAGCUCUCGUCGCACGACUUUGGCGGCAUCGCCAUCGACAACCACGGCAAGCCGCUGCCCGACUCGACGAUUGCCGCGUGCGAGGCCAGCGACGCCAUGCUGCUCGGCGCCGUCGGCGGCCCCAAGUGGGGCGUGGGCAAGGUGCGCCCCGAGCAGGGCCUGCUGGCGCUGCGCGUGCACUUUGACCUCUACGCCAACGUGCGCCCGGCGCUCUUCCCCAGCAAGUCGCUCCUCUCGCUCUCGCCGCUCAAGGAGAGCGUCGCCGAGGGCACGGACCUGAUCGUCGUGCGCGAGCUCGUCAAGGGCCUGUACAUCGGCGAGAAGACGGAGGCGGACCUGACGCCAGGCGCGGCCGGCGAGGCGGCCGACGUGAUGCGCUACAACCGCGCCGACGUCGAGCGCAUCACGCGCCUCGCCGCCUUCCUGGCGCUGCAGAGCAGCCCGCCGAAGAAGCUGCACUCCAUCGACAAGGCCAACGUGCUGGCGUGCAGCCGCCUCUGGCGCCACGUCGUGCAGGAGACCGUCGACCGCGAGUUUGCCGCGCAGGGCGUCGAGGUCGACCACCAGCUCGUCGACUCGGCGGCCAUGGUCAUUGUCAGCAACCCGCGCAAGCUCAACGGCAUUGUGCUGACGGAGAACAUGUUCGGCGACAUUCUCUCCGACGAGUCGAGCGUCAUUCCCGGCGCGCUCGGCCUGCUGCCGUCGGCGUCGCUCUCGGGCCUGCCGGACGGCAAGCAGAAGUGCCGCGGCCUCUACGAGCCCAUCCACGGCUCGGCGCCCGACAUUGCCGGCCAGGGCAUCGCCAACCCCGUGGGCACGAUCCUCAGCGCGGCGAUGCUGUGCCGCUACUCGCUCGGCGAGACGCGCGCCGCCGACGCCAUCGAGGCGGCCGUGCGCCAGAUGCUCGACGCACGCGCCGACGGCGGCGACGAGGUGCGCACGCGCGACCUGCACGGCCAGGCCGGCAGCAAGGACGUCGGCGAUGCCGUCUGCGCCCGCCUCGAGAAGCUGCUGUAGCCGCCAAAAUGCAUGACAUUGGGGAGCUGCCGGCGUGUCAGGUGCGCCAGGCGAGUCCGUGCCACAGUCUCAGUACUGCAGGUGUCGCAGUGGUGCCCUCUGACGGCUGCAUUGCCAGCAUGUGAGGCUUAUGCAGCACGCUGUGUGCUGCAGCAGUGACGCUUCGACGACCUUGAGGAGGAGGUCGGGCGGGAAGGCUCGGGAUUCGGGUGUCGUGAGCGUGGGAACAGGUGCCGCUGCCUGAAAUUGAGCCGCUGACCG